CAUCAAAUCUCGCGAGAUCUGGUUCAAUGCUGAGUUCGUCUCCCGGAAAAUACCGUGAGACAUAGCAGCAGAGGAAAACUCGGCUAAGCCCCCCUUUUUAAUCAAACCUUGCUGGACAAGUACACAUUUGUGAAAAAUCAUCUUUGAUCAAGGUUGUAGCCACACACUGAAGUUUCAGAACCUCAUCUGAAUCAUGGGGAACCUUUUUGGGAAUUUGCUGAAAAGCCUCAUAGGGAAGAAGGAGAUGAGGAUCUUGAUGGUGGGCCUCGAUGCUGCAGGAAAAACUACAAUCCUCUACAAACUCAAACUGGGGGAAAUAGUCACCACCAUCCCAACCAUCGGGUUUAACGUGGAGACAGUGGAGUACAAGAACAUCAGCUUCACUGUGUGGGAUGUGGGCGGGCAGGACAAGAUCCGCCCCCUGUGGAGACACUACUUUCAGAACACACAGGGUCUAAUCUUCGUGGUGGACAGUAACGACAGAGAGCGUGUGAAUGAAGCACGGGAGGAGCUGAUGAGGAUGUUAGCUGAGGACGAACUGAGGGAUGCAGUCCUCCUUGUGUUUGCCAACAAACAGGACUUACCGAACGCCAUGAAUUCCGCUGAGAUCACAGACAAGUUGGGCUUACACUCCCUGCGUCACCGUAACUGGUACAUCCAGGCCACCUGCGCCACCAGCGGAGACGGCCUCUACGAGGGUCUUGAUUGGCUGGCCAAUCAACUCAAGAACAAAAAAUAAACAGGAACAAGCAGCCGUCCAACUUUCUAUUUGUUCCUGGAAUGGGGGCUUCGGUUAGGUACGGGAGAUUUGAUCAAUAGGUGAAAAGCAAGAUUCAUGAUUUAAGGGAUAUUUUAGGCUUUCAUUUUCAGUCUGUUGAGCUCUAAGUAGUUAACCUGUUAAGCCCCAUAGCCCCUGCCCGAAACUGUGUUUUAGGGCUUUUUAACAUUUAACACCUAUUAAUGUGUCAUACCCACUUAACGGGAAGAAACUCAGCUAACUGGCGAUAUGAAUUUUUUUUACCAAAACAAAACACAACUCUAACACCGAGCGUCUGAAUUAGCACUAAGCGAAAGAGUGCUAACGCACUUAGCACAUAACUCACGGUAGAAAUAUGUUAUACUUCAUCGGAUCUGCACAAACAAGACAAAAAACUUGCGGCAGCGAAGGCAAAACCAGACAACACACAACUUAGCUUUACGUAGAAAAAACCGGCAAAUACAUCGUACCUUUGCUGUUUCUGAUCAAAAGUUGUGAUCAAUGGCAUUAAAACGCAUAAAAACGCUGCUGAAGGUUAAUCUAAUGUCUCUGUGUCACAUCAUAACAUUUCUGUCAAAAACUGAGUUUUCAUACAAAGUGUAUGAGAGCUGUAACCCAGCUUCCGGUUUUGGGCAUGCUGGCUGCACAUCAUUCCCUUCACCAAUGGUAAUGUUUAGAUGGAUUUUUAGGAACUUCCCUCUCGAUUCUAUUGGCUCUCACGGUUCAAAAGUGGUGUCAAUCACCAAAAUUCGACCAAUGGGUUCCAGAGAUAUCACAAAUCCACCCAAAUGACCCCAGAAGUUGGUUCUUUCUAAACCUAUCUAAAAAGGUCAAAUGUAACUUAUUUGGCAUCAAUCUUGAUACAGGGUACUUAUGUUUUAGUUUGGAUUCCUAAAGCUUUU